GAAGUGUCGUCUGGCCGCUAAUCGAUCGCAACAUGGAGAAGGAAUCGCACGUGAUGUACUUCCUCCGGAACCUGCGGCAGCUGCCCGAGCCAUACGCACGACAGGAUCAUCAUCGCGUUGUCCUAUUGUUUUUCUGCGUUCAAGGACUCGCUCUACUCGGUGAGCUGGAUCGCGUGGACAAGAAGGCCAUCAUCGACUUCGUGUACGCACUGCAAGUGCACCCCGACAGCCGGGACAAGUCUAUCAAUGCAGCCGAUUGCGGUUUCCGUGGAUCAACGUGGCUUGGAAACGCUUUCUUCAAGGGACCGAAGGAAUACGAGAGCACGACGUACGACGCAGCCCACAUCGCCAGCACCUACGCUGCACUCGCGAUUUUAAAAACGCUCGGCGACAACUUGGCCCGCGUCAAUAAGGCUGCUAUCGUGCAGUCGCUCAAGUCGCUCCAGAAUCCAGUCACAGGAGGGUUCAUGGCGAGCUCUCUUGGAACCGAAGAAGAUAUGCGAUUUGUCUACUGCGCGUGUGCGAUCUCGCACAUGUUGGGAGAUUGGAGUGGUGUCGAUCGCGAUGGGGUUGUCCGAUUUGUCAGUGCAUGUGCGACCUACGAAGGAGGGUUGGGGAGUUAUCCAGGCCUCGAAGCGCAAGGCGGCGUGACUUACUGCGGGAUCGCAUCCCUCGUGCUCAGUGGCCGCCUUGUCCAAGCCACGUUCGACUUGACGCAGUUGCAACAUUGGCUGCUCAUGCGGCAACAGCAUGGCUUUCAAGGCCGGACGAACAAGGACCCCGACACGUGUUAUGCAUUUUGGAACGGCGCGAGUCUACAUCUGCUGGGGCACCACGGCCUCGUGGACAUUCCAUCGUGCGAGCGCUUCAUUUUGUCCUGUCAACACAAACAUGGCGGCGUCGCCAAGUUCCCCGCCGUCUACCCCGACGUCCUCCAUUCGUACUAUGGCCUCGCGUGGCUCAGUAUCGCUGGGGCCGCCCCAAGUUUGAAGCCCCUCGACGUCAAACUGCAAUUGCCAGUGCAAAGCUAACCGAUACCAAUGAAAGGACCUCUCCAUUGUGUUGACGGAGACCACUCG